AAUCUAAAACAAGGCACAAGCAACCUAAUUUCCUCAUCCAGCUGCCUGGUAGGCAGAAGAGAUGUCGUUGUUAUGGAAAAGGGCCGCUGCUUCGAUCAAAGACCGGAACAGCCUGUUGUUGGCCAGUCUAUCUGGGCGUACCUCCCACCGCAAUCCGGAUCUCGAGGCAGCCGUCAUCAAGUCCACCAGUCACAACGAGCACCAUAUUGAUUACCGAAAUGCUCAGCGUGUCUUCUCCUGGAUUCGCACGUCUCCCGUCAACUUGCGAUCCCUCAUGUGGGUUCUCUCCAAACGUCUUGAAAAAACCCGCAGCUGGGUUGUCGCCGUCAAGGGAUUGAUGCUCAUGCAUGGCAUAUUUUGUUGUAAAGACGUACCGUCUGUACAGAUGAUCGGAAGAUUACCGUUCGAUCUCUCCCGUUUUGCCGACGGUCAUUCCCGUCCGAGCAAAACAUGGGGCUUCAAUGCAUUCAUUCGUACCUACUUUGCUUUUUUAGAUCAGAGAUCGUCCUUCUUUUACAGUUCUCAACAACGCAAAGAGAGAGAACAACCAAUUUCAAUUUUGCAAGAACUCGUGAAGUUGCAGAAAUUACAAUCUUUGCUUGAUAUACUAUUAGAAAUCAAACCGCGCGCUCAUAACAUGAAGGUGAGUUUGAUUCUCGAAGCUAUGGAUUGCGUGGUCAUUGAGAUCUACGACAUUUAUAGCAGAAUUUGUGGGGGAAUUGCAAGGGCUCUUUGGAGAAUACAUAGUGCUGCAAAACUAGAAGCGGUAAUGGCUCUUCAUGUUCUUCAGAAGGCAACGAAGCAAGUGGAUGAACUACGGAUGUAUUUUGAAUUUUGCAAGGAUUUGGGGGUAUUGAACGCGAAUGACUGUCCUCCAAUUACACCGAUCCCUGAAGAAGACAUUCGUGAGCUUGAACGUCUAAUUCAUGGAGUUCCAAUAUUGAAGAGAAACAAUGACAAGGAGAACACCCGCGAUGCCAUGGAUAAGGAAAUUGUGGUUAGAGAAAACCGAGGCAGAUUUGAUCAAGCUGAUCCGCUAAAUAAAAAUUCUAAAUCCAUCCCUACUGCCAACAUUGCAGGCAAGAAAGAACAGGAAUUAGCUUUGAAGACGAUAGUAACAGAUGAUUGGGUGAUUUUUGAAGAAGAUAAAAAGGUGGUGGAUGCUGAGGCUGGUUUCUCUGAACGACCAGAAGUUACUGCUGUUGUUGACCUUUCUCCUGCGGCUUCUGUAAACAUGGUUGCUGCAAUUAAUCAUGGUUACAAUAUGGAUUUGAUGAAAUUUGAGUAGCUUGGUAAAUGGGAAACCUAGCCUUUCCCCUCAACAAGCUGACUUUUUUGGGUUAAAUAGAAACAUAAAAAAGAACAAUUUAUUAGUUUAGAAUAUAUAGAAGUUUCAUUCGCUCCUUUGUUUUCUUCCAAAUGAAUUCCAUAUACAUAAUAUCUGUAUUUCUUUUUCAUUUUCUUUCUUUCUUUUUCUGGUCAACAAUGAUAUAUAUGUAUUAAAGCGGAAGGGUACCU